CCUGCCCCGUGUCCUGGGAUGUGACAGACCCAGGUAGGACGGCUGCCUGUGGGAAGUCCCCCACCCCAAGGACAGGACUGGCUCCCUGCAGCCUCCAAUGAGGGGAAUCCGGUGAUUAAUCGCCCCCAGCGAGGACUCCUGGCCAGAGCGCGAUCCCAUUGGCUGCCGGUGACAUCAUCGGCUGGGGCUGGAGGCUCAGCUGGCUUAAAGGCUGAGUGCUGGGGCGGGGGCCCCCCGCUGCUCCCGGAGCUAAAGCUGCUCCACAUCUGGCCCCCAGGCGGCACUGGGGGAGGGGGCAGGUGGAACCCCAGCUUCUGCAGAACUGGGGCCUCUUGCUGCAGCCCUCAGUUUCCCCAUCGCUGGCUGGGGAGGGAAGGGGAGCCGGCACCCUGCCUUCAAAAUCCCUGAAAUGUGCCUCCCAGGGACCCUGAGGACGGGUGUGUUUCCCUUUGUCUCGGCCGCGUCCGUGCACGCCUGUCAUGUGGGCACCUGCGCGUGCGUUCUGGGGACCCUGUUACAUUCACCCGCAUCUCCUCCAUCCGGGCCUGGCCCACAGUGGACGCCCACACGUGUCCACUCCCUUCACUCGUGUGGAGGCCACAGAGCCGCAGGACGUGGUGGUCUAUGACCAGAGCACCAGGGACGCCAGCGUGCUGGCCGCAGACAGCUUCCUCUCCAUCCUGCUCAGUAAGCUGGACGGCUGCUUCGACAGCGUGGCCAUCCUCACAGGGGGCUUCGCCACCUUCUCGUCCUGCUUCCCUGGCCUCUGUGAGGGCAAGCCUGCUACCCUGCUGCCCAUGAGCCUCUCCCAGCCCUGCCUGCCCGUGCCCAGUGUGGGCCUCACCCGCAUCCUGCCUCACCUCUACCUGGGCUCUCAGAAGGACGUCCUGAACAAGGAUCUGAUGACCCAAAACGGAAUAAGCUACGUCCUCAACGCCAGCAACUCCUGCCCCAAGCCGGACUUCAUCUGUGAGAGCCGCUUCAUGCGCAUUCCCAUCAACGACAACUACUGUGAAAAGCUGCUGCCCUGGCUGGACAAGUCCAUCGAGUUCAUCGAUAAAGCCAAGCUGUCCAGCUGCCAAGUCAUCGUCCACUGUCUGGCCGGCAUCUCCCGCUCUGCCACCAUCGCCAUCGCUUACAUCAUGAAGACCAUGGGCAUGUCCUCAGACGACGCCUACAGGUUCGUGAAGGACCGGCGCCCGUCCAUUUCGCCCAACUUCAACUUCCUGGGCCAGCUGCUGGAGUAUGAGCGCAGCCUGAAGCUGCUGGCGGCCCUGCAGGGCGACGGGGCGCCCCACCCCGGGACACCGGAGCCCCUCCCGGGCCCCGCGGCCCCCCUGCCGCCACUGCCACCACCUACCUCAGAGAGCGCUGCCACCGGGAGUGCCGCGGCCGGCCCAGCCAGGGAGGGCACGCCCAGCGCCGGGGAACCCCCCACGCCCCCUGCCGCCCCGGCCACCAGCGCACUGCAGCAGGGCCUGCGCGGCCUGCACCUCUCCUCUGACCGCCUCCAGGACACCAACCGCCUCAAGCGCUCCUUCUCGCUGGACAUCAAGUCGGCCUACACCCCGAGCCGGCGGCCCGACGACCCCGGGCCCCCCGACCCCGGCGAGGCCCCCAAGCUCUGCAAGCUGGACAGCCCGUCGGCGGGCGCGCUGGGCCUGCCCUCGCCCGGCCCCGACAGCCCGGAUGCGGCGCCCGAGGCGCGCCCACGGCUCCGCCGGCGGCCCCGGCCUCCAGCCGGCUCCCCGGCGCGCUCCCCCGCGCACGGCCUCGGCCUGAACUUCGGCGACGCCACCCGGCAGACUCCGCGGCACGGCCUCUCGGCCCUGUCGGCGCCCGGGCUGCCCGGCCCCGGCCAGCCGGCCGGCCCCGGGGGCUGGGCGCCGCCGCUCGACUCCCCGGGCACGCCGUCGCCGGACGGGCCGUGGUGCUUCAGCCCUGAGGGCGCGCAGGGCGCGGGCGGCGCGCGGUUUGCGCCCUUCGGCCGGGCGAGCGCGCAGGGUGCGGGCGGCGGCGACCUGCGGCGGCGGGAGGCGGCGAGGGCCGAGUCCCGGGACGCGCGGACCGGCUGGCCCGACGAGCCGGCCCCGGAGACGCAGUUCAAGCGCCGCAGCUGCCAGAUGGAGUUCGAGGAGGGCAUGGUGGAGGGGCGCGCGCGCGGCGAGGAGCUGGCCGCCCUGGGCAAGCAGGCCAGCUUCUCGGGGAGCGUGGAGGUCAUCGAGGUGUCCUGACGGCGGCCGGGACCCCGCGCCGCGAGCCGCUUGGCGCCCCGCUCGGCCGCCAGCAGCCGGGCCCACUAUAAAUAUAUAUUAUAUAUAAUGCAAAGAAAGGUAAAUGGUUUUACUGCGAUUUUUAUCGAGAAGUAAAUAUUUCGAUUUUUUAUUUAUUUAAGCUGUUCAUUCUGGCAAUGAUUUGGCAACAGUGCGGGCGGCCCUCAGAGCUGUAUUUUUACUGUCUGGUAUUUAAACUGAAACACACGUUUCUAAGCAAUAUGAGGCCACCUUCAGGCGCAAGCUGAGGUGCCAGGCCUGGGGUCCCCUCCCUGCCCCCCCCCCGGAAACACUGCUGACCCUCGCAAAGAGGCUGCCGAGCUUUCGUGCACUUUUUACAUAAGAAAAAGGGGAAAAAAGGAAAAAAAAAUUUGCCACAAACUGAGCCGGUGAACCUCCCUGCCCCCCUCCUCCCUCUUCCUCCUCCUCUGCUCCUUUCUGGGCUUUGCACCAAAGCCAUAGGUGGGAGAGGUGUCCCCAGGAGCUGGGGUGUGGCCGAGGAGGUGCCACGUCUUGGUGCCAUGGAGGGCGCCCCCACUGCCCGUCCCCCAGGCCUGUUGCCCCAAGGGGGUUGACGGGCGUUGGGCUGACGGGCUAGGCUGUUGAGAGGGGCUUCGGUAUAGAACUGGGAAGGGGCUUGGUGGAGGGGAUGCUGAGUGUCAGAUGAUAAUGGGUCCCCAGCGCAGGGCUGCGCCCCACUCUUGCCCCAGUCUAGGUUCACAGCUCAGCAAGGCUGUUCAGAGGAGGCUGCUGCCCUCUCCUCCAUGUGGUUGGUGCCCCCUGGCGCCACCUGCCAGGUGGGGGAAACAGCAGGAGGAGGGGGCAUGGCCCCUGGGGGUGUCAGGUGGGAGGAGCUGGGCCUGCCAGGGCCGGCUCCACUGGUGAGAGGGCAGAUGGAUUUCGGGUCUUGUUCUGGGCUCUUCCGCCACCCAGCCCCAGGCCCCAGGCCAGACCUGGAGUUCUGGUUUGUUCCUGCAGGUUGAGGGCCUCAGUGAGGGGUUGCUGCCUUGCAGAGGCAGGGGGCAGUUAAGCGCCUGUCAGACCCUUAUGCUUCCAGGGAGUGGGGGUCCUUAGCUUUGGGAGGGCCAUCUCCAGGCAGAUAAGACCCCCGACACAAACAGAUGCCGGAGGUGUCCCCCUUGUCUGCCCCGACCCCCACGGAGACCUCGGAGGAGAGAAGCCCCCUGCGCACCCCUUUCCUGGGGAGCUCUCUCCUCCAAAGUCUCCCCAGUGUCUUCAAGGUGACGUGCCAGGCCCCACCCCUGGGUGGCUUUUUGGCUCAGGUGGGCCAGCCUGGGGGUGAGGGCAGGAGAAACGCCCCAGCUACCCCCACCCCACACCCUAUCAGGUCACUGGGACCUGAGGCUCUUGGAGGCAGGAGAAGAUGUCCCCUGAUCUUCAGGAGUCCUAGAGUCUAGGAGUGAGGGCCGGUCACCUGGGGAAGAGGCCAGGGGCUUGGCAGGAAUGGUGGCCCAGCAGGACUGAGUGGGGGGUGGGGUGGGGGAGGUGUCUGUCCCCCCAGCUGCACCCCUUGCUGCCCCUUUGGCUGUUUUUCUAUUUGUUCUUCUUUUGACCCCCAGCGCUAUGUCCUUGUCAUCCCUCCUUUAAGCAAAAGUCCUGUUCCUGUGCCCUCUGUCCCUACCCCGUUCCCCAAGAAGAUAAGCUAUCGUUGUGUUUGCAAUCUAUGGAUUAGAGAUUUAAGUAUUUAUUAUUAUUGGUUAAUUAUUAUUAUUAUUAUUGAUUAUGUAAAUUUGCCGCCUGUCUAUCGCGUUGGGUUUCUGAGGUGACCCUGGGUGUGGAGGAUGCACUGGUCUCCCCCUCCGCGCCCCCACCCCUGUGCUGUCCAGGAGACAGUGGUCUGGGGCCACUGGUUGGGCCCCAAAACUCUGGAGGCAGGUCCCACGGCCCCUGUCGUUCCCUCCCUUUGCCCUUUCUCCAGGGCUGCGGCAUCUCUUGUGGCUUCUGUUCUGGGGCGUGUGGGGGCUCUUGCUUUUGAGGCACUGGUCACCCCAAAGUGAGCAGCUGCGCCGGGGAGAGGGUUCUGUCCCGGCUGCCCUCCUCUUGUGCUGGGGACUGGGCACCGGGCUCAAGCCCCUCCCUGGUCACUUCCACCCACUGUCCGAGGCUGGGAGGGGCUGGGCCCCAGUCCUCUCCAGUCUCUCCGGUCCCUCCCACUCCUCCUGCCCGGCCCAGUGCUCUGGCAUCGGGGGCGCCCCAGAAUGGACCAGCCCCCUCCUAUUAUUUGCUGGAAAGUCCAGCGGAGGAGAGGCGGCUGGUCCCCCGCACGGCUCCCAGUCUGUCUGGACUGGGCCGCCCACUGCCCCUGCCUCAGAACCUCCCCCAGCGCCACCACCUUUCUGCUCCCUGUCCUGUCCCUUCUUUUGUAUUUGGAAACAACGUGUUGUAAUAAAUCCUGAGAUGGA